AUGUACAGAACGCGCGCGCUCGUCGCUCUCGCGGCGACGCUCCUCGCCGCCGCCGCGCCCGUCGCGCGCGCGGGAGGCGGCGACUCCCCGUUGUUCGACAACAAGAACUGCGUGAACGCCGACGGGAACGCCUUCGACGCCGCGAUCGAUUACUUCCCUUCCGAGUUCCGACUCCACGACUCGUCGGGGAAAGAGCCCGUCGAGUCGGUCGUGCAGAUCGCGCAAAACUUCAAGGUGUCUUACCACGGGUACUACAAGGUCGUGAAGCAUCAGUGCUUCUCCGGAAACGGCGCGUCCGCCUCGUGCACGCCGGAGACGUACAUUCUCACGAUGUGCGGCGCGCCCAAACCCGACGUCGACGUCUACGGAAACGCCUGGCCCGCCGCGACGAAGCACUUCCAAAUCCCGCUGAAAGGCGUCGCGUUCUCGCUGACCGUGGUCGAGCCGUUCAUGGAGAUGCUGAACCUGAGGGACAAGGUCAAGAUGGUCGAUCACUCGUACUCGCACUCGCCGUGCAUCCAGCGAGACGAGGAGCUCGGCGUGAUCGACGGCCAAGACUCCCUGGACGCGUCCUGGGCGACGCCCGCGGCGUGGAACGAUAAGAUCAACGGCGGCGUGGCCGACAUCGACGCCGUGUUCACGGACUCGUGGAACUCCGGCGCCGCGUCGGACGCGAGCAAGAACGUCGUCUUCGACGCGAGCACGGACCCGGGCAUCUUGAACCGCGGCGAGUGGAUCAAAUUCAUCGGCGUGUUUUUCAACGAAGAGCAACAGGCCAACGCGUACUUCGAACGCGAAGUCGCCGAGUUCAACCGAGUCGAAUCCCUCGCGCACGAGGCGAGGUGGAACAACCGCCUCAAGACUGGCACCGUCAAGACGUGCGCGUGGAUCGAGUACUCCUCCUGGUCCAGCGUGUGGAAGCUCAAGUACGAUCAGUACAAGCAAGACUUGUGCAUCAGCGCCGGGUUAACGCCGGUCACGGACGCCGGCGCGACUGAACAAACGUUCGCCAACGCGACGUCACUCGCGGCGAAGAUCGCGAACGUGGACGUCGUCUUCGACGAGACGUACAACGCGGACCCGACGACGUACACCAAAGACGCGGCGUUCGCCGCGCUCGGGUUCGCCGAGAGCGAUCUGAAGUCGUCCGUCCUCUUCUUGCGCACGGAUUACCACGUCACGGACAAGACGACCGGGGACUCCCUCCCCGCGAACCGAAACGUCAACUGGCUCGCGGAGGGCGUCGGCCGCCCCGCGAGCGUGCUCGCGGAUCUCGUCGCGAGGGUGUGGCCGGACGAUUUCGAGGCCCCGGUUAAGGGGUGCCCGCGGUACUUCCGCGACAUGCGCCAGACUAGCCACGCGCCCGAAGUCAUCGGCGCGGACACGUGCGAGGCGUGGACCCGCGCGAACGAAGACAAGCUGUGCAUCACGUCGUCGUACGGCUCGGAAUCGAGCGCGACCUUCUGGACGAUGGUGAACAUCGCGAUCGCCUGCGCCGUGGGCCUCGUCUUCAUGAUGUGCGUCGCCGCGUCGUUCAAGUUGUGCAGACGUUGUAUACGCUCGAAGCGAUCGGGCGAUAAAUUAAUUUACGACGACGACGCGGACGCCGCGUCCGUGUCGGAGUCCCCGCUGCCGCCGCUGCCGAUGGUGCAUAUGCUUCCGGCGUACCCCUCGCCCGCGUCCGCGGCGACGCCGUCCGGUCCGAACAACCCGUUCAUGACGCUCGCAUCCGCGCCGGGCGGCGCGGACGAAGGAGGAUUGCCCCCGCCGCUCGCGCCCGCGCCCACGCCCGCGGCGGCGCCUGACGCGAACGGGAGCCUUCCGCCGAUUGUGAUCGAGGUGUGACGAGCGAGGCGUCCUCGAGGCCGAGGGUGCCCGCGCGCGACGCGUCCGUCGCUUUUACACGCUUUACACUAUGUUUAAUUAAUAUCGAUGUACAU